GCUGGGCUGGGAGCGGGGGCUCGGAGCGGGCCGAUGGCGUUCAGCGCCUGGCAGAUCCUCUCGCCGGUGCAGUGGGCCCGCUGGACCUGGUCCGCGGUGCGGGGCGGGGGCAGCCCCGACGGGGAGGAAGAGGAGGAAGAGGAGGAGGAGGACCCGGCCCUCGGCUUCAGCUCGGACUCCAAAGAUAGUUUUGAGACCCCUGAAGCAGGAACGCCGACCAGCGCGCUGCCAAAGGAGCCGCCGCUGGAGCCCGAGGCCGGCACCCGAGAGCCAAGUGGCCAUGGUGACCUGCUGGUAGGGGAGGCCCAUGGGGACAGCUCGCCAGGGAAGCAUCCCAAAGAUGAGGCUCAAGCGGAGAUAGCAGCCCCUAAAUCCAGUUUGGAUGCGAAAGGGGAAAAUGACCCCGAAGAUGCAUCCCUGAGGCAGCCUCAGGCCCACAUCCAGCCCCAAGGAGCACCGGGCAGUGGGGCCGACCAAGAACGGGUCAUGCUGGGAGAGGAUGCGGCGGAUGCCAGCAUGGGGAUGAUGGAGCCGAAGGGGGAUGCUCUGGUCCAGGAUGGGAAAGGGAUAACAGAAGGAUCCAUAGAGGAGACCCUGGGGAUGCACGAUGGGAGUGUGGACCCCACUGUAGCAUCGGCCCCACACUGCCCCCCCCACCCCAGCACUGGGGAGCAGGGGGGGGACCAGGAGCACAAAGAGCAGCUCCCAAAGCCUGAGGUUGAUGCGAUGGAGGGAGGAGAGAGCCCGGAGACGAGGAGAGCAGCGCCCAGGAGGGGCAGCAGGAUCCCGGCCAGCAAAGUGACACCGAAGAGGCACCGAGAGCCCCCCAAGAAACCAGUUGAGGAUGCAGAGAGGGGCCCCAUGGAUCUGCCCCCCCCUGGCUCCCCCAGGCUGGGUCCUGCACCCCGGAUAGGCGCCUUGGGUGGCAGCUCAGCGCUGCAGGACUUGCCGGCUCUCCCCAAAGGGUCCUACCAGUUUGACCCCAAUCACUUCGAGGCAAUGGAUCCGUUUAAGCCCACCAAGACCCUCGGCAGCUCCACCAGCGACUCCUGCCCUGCUGCUGACAACAGCCUCAAUGAGAUCCUGGAGUCUCAGGUGCUGGAGGUGCAGGAUGAGCCCGGCAGAGGCAGCGGCUCCCCCAAGAAGCCCAAGUCCCGCCUGAUAACGACCACUGAACAAGUGAAAUUUCUCUGUUUUCUGUUGAGCGGCUGCAAGGUGAAGCCAUACGAGGCACAGCCCCUGGUCCUGGAUGCUGGCGCUCAGGAUGAAGGAGCGCCGAUCCCAGUAAUCCCAGAUAUCGCCAAUCGGGAUGGACGAGCCACUGAUGAGGAGAAGCUGGCCUGCACCACUGCACAGAAACCUGGCCUGGAGAAGAAGGCUGAGCCUGAAGAUGACCUGGAGUACUUUGAGUGCUCCAAUGUCCCCGUGCCGGCCGGGAAGCACAGCACGGAGCCAGGCUUUGAAAAGGAGAUCUCCAAGCAGGUGGAAAAGGACAUCUUCCCUGGCAAUCCCGGGCUGUGCUCCAUGGACAAGCCCCCCUCAGCCAUCACCAGGAGCGAGAGUCCCUUGGACAGCAUCUGCCUCAGUGAAUGCGAGAAGACGGCCGUGCUCACGCUCAUCCGAGAGGAGAUAAUCACCAAGGAGAUCGAGGCAAGCGAGUGGAAGAAGAAGUAUGAGGAGAGCCGCCAGGAAGUGCUGGAGAUGCGGAAAAUCGUGGCUGAGUACGAGAAGACCAUUGCCCAGAUGAUAGAGGACGAGCAGAGGACGAACAUGACCUCCCAGAAGAACCUGCAGCAGCUCACCAUGGAAAAGGAGCAGGCGCUGGCAGACCUGAACUCGGUGGAGAGGUCCCUAUCGGAUCUCUUUAGGAGAUACGAGAACCUAAAGGGCGUCCUGGAAGGCUUCAAGAAGAAUGAAGAAGCUCUGAAGAAGUGUGCUCAAGAUUAUUUAACCCGGGUCAAGCAGGAGGAGCAGCGGUACCAGGCCCUCAAAGUCCAUGCGGAGGAGAAGCUGGACAAAGCCAACGAGGAGAUCGCCCAAGUGCGUGCCAAGGCCAAGGCAGAGAGCACAGCCCUGCACGCGGGGCUGCGCAAGGAGCAGAUGAAGGUUGAGUCCUUGGAGAGAGCCCUGCAGCAGAAGAACCAGGAGAUCGAGGAGCUGACCAAGAUCUGCGACGAGCUGAUAGCGAAGCUGGGCAAGACGGACUGAGCCCCACCACCCAUCGCCCAGCACUUGGCCGCUUUCCUCCUCACGUGCAGCACUUUGCCUUACCCCAGGCCCCCGGCACAGAGCACAGCAUCCUGCUGCCUGCUCCCUGCAUCCCAGGGCUCCGGGACCGCGAUCCCUGCAGUCAGGCUGCGUGUCCCUCUGCGCUGAUGCCACCUCUCCACUGGGAGGUGGGA